AUGGAAUCACCCACGGCCUCACCCACGCUCUCCAGCAAAGCCGUCAGCAUCUCGGACUACCCCAGCGAGAUAACGCUCCCGGACCGUAGCAGCACUGGGGGCAGCGGCGGCUACCGGCCCUCGCACCUCCUGCGGAAAUCCCUCUCCUCGAAGCGUCUGCAGGGCCGCCUCCCCAGCUCCCCGCGCCUCGAGAAUGACUCGACGCUGCAUUUGCAGCCUGAGGAGGGUGUUGGGGGCGCGGGAGGAGCGGGGGGAUCGGGAUCGGGGGCGGGGGGAGUGGCAGACUACGGAGUCCGCGACCGCGCCGCUGAGCUGCUGGAGAAAUGUGCGCAGUGGCUGGAGACGGAGCGGCAAGCGCGGCGGGCGCGGCGGGCGCGGCGGAAGGGCCGCGCGGAGACGGCGGAGGGGGAGCAGCAGCAGCAGCAGCAGCAGGAGUCGGGCGGCUCUGCUGACGAGAGCUUGGAUUUGCUGGAGGCGCUGUUGCGCGAGCGGCCGGCUGUCACCGGCGGAAGCAGGAAGGGCUCGCACCGUGUCAGUAGGCGAAGCUUGAUGGGUGGAUUGGGGCAGGCCUCCGGGGCGACGAGCGAUACGGAGUAUGCGAGCGAUGGUGAUGCCGUGGUACCGGGAUGUGAGGAGUGGUUGAAGAUUCCGGAGGAGAUCGGGUGGGAUACGUUCAAGCAGGAGGUCCUGAAGCUCACGCAUACGCUGCGGUGUAAGGGGUGGCGCAGUGUGGAUUUGGAUCGGUUUAGGGAGGUCGGCGUCGAGAGGAUCAGUGGAGCGUUGACGAAUGCGGUCUAUAUGGUGACUCCUCCGUCGGAUCUUCCUACGUCUACCGCGGCAUCGUCGACGACGAACCUGGGCGUUUCCACGCCGAACGGUGAAGACACCCAGCGCAGACGCAAACCGGCUAAGCUGCUUCUCAGGAUCUACGGGCCACAGGUAUCCCACCUCAUCGACCGCGAUACGGAGCUCUACAUUCUGCGACGCCUCGCGCGGAAGAAGAUCGGACCACGGCUGCUAGGAACAUUCGAGAACGGACGUUUCGAGCAGUUCUUCACCGCGCGGACACUCACUAAGGACGACAUCCGCAAUCCGGAGACGAGCCGGCACAUUGCGAAGCGUCUGAAGGAGCUGCACCGCGGAAUCGAAGUCGAGUCGAAAGAGCGCGAGCAGGGCCCGAUCGUCUGGAAGAACUGGGAGAAAUGGGUGCCCCGGUGCACAGACGUCAUGGAGCACAUCGACGCAAAGCAGAAAUACGGCCUCGUCUGCGGCACCACCUGGCCGGUCUUCCGUGAGGCGGUCGAGAAGUACCGCGCGUGGCUCGUCGCCCGCUACGGCGGUGACGAACAGCUCAAGCGCGAGCUCGUGUUCGCGCACAACGACACGCAGUACGGCAACAUCCUGCGUCUGCAGGCCGUCGAGAAGUCGCCGCUCCUCCUGCCAGGUAACGAGCACAAGCAGCUCGUCGUCAUCGACUUCGAGUACGCCAGCGCCAACACGCCCGGCUUCGAGUUCGCAAACCACUUCUGCGAGUGGAUGGCCGACUACCACAACGAGACGCGGCCGCACGAGAUGAAAACCAACCGCUUCCCGACGGAAAAGGAGAUCCGCAACUUCCUGACCGCCUACGUCGAGCACUCGUUCAGCAAACGCCUCCCCCAGCUGGGCGCCUUCAACCUCGACGCGAGAGUUCCGCCCCCGCCCGUCGAUAACGAGGCGGAACUCGCCGUUGUCAGGGAAAAGGUCGAGAAAUUGCUCCUGGAGACCCGCGCGUGGAGGGCGGCUAGCUCCGCGAUGUGGUGCGCUUGGGGCGUCGUACAGGCGAAGGCUCCGCCGCCACCGUGCAGUGAGGAGGAGGAGGCACAGGAGGCGCCCGAGAAGGUGGAGGAGUUCGAUUACUUGCUGUAUGCGCAGCAGAGGGCACUGCUGUUCUGGGGCGAUUGUCUGAGUCUGGGAAUAUUCACGAAACAUGACCUGGAAGCUAUGCAGGAGGGGCUGGCGGAGAGGGUUAAGGUUGUCGAGCCUAUGUAGGUAGGUGGGCAGUUGUAUUUGAGUAGGUAGGUAUUGCGAUGGAUCGGUGUUCCGUAAAGAUGUUACGACUUACGAUAUGUGUAUGAGUGGGCUUGUUUGAGUAUUUGAGUAUUUGUAGGUAGAUACAUUAGGUAUGUGGUAGAUAUGUGGUAUCGAAUAUCGAUAUGGGCAUAUGUGGGAAUCUUCUCUUCUCUACCUUGGAGUUGUCCGUGGUGCACGUGCAUCAUCAACCCUGACUCGACGGUCAAGUCUACAUAGAGUCCGGUUCCGGUCGUGAUACCAACUGCAGGCUGCCGGGAAACCAACUGCAGACUGCUAGAGGCCGGUGCUGCAGACGAGUGCUAACAUGGAAGGCUCAUGGCGGUGGAGAUUGGUGGUGGAGUGUAAGAAGCAGCUCAACG